CAAAAAUGUUCAGACGUGUGCUCACUAUUGUACAAGCUCAUUGUAAACUGGGCCUGACUGCUACCCUGGUCAGAGAAGAUGAUAAAAUUGUUGACCUGAACUUCCUGAUUGGACCAAAGCUCUAUGAAGCCAACUGGAUGGAGCUGCAGAACAGUGGCUACAUUGCUAAAGUCCAGUGUGCUGAGGUUUGGUGCCCAAUGUCACCUGAAUUUUAUAGAGAAUACGUAGCUAUCAAGACAAAGAAACGGAUACUGCUGUACACCAUGAACCCGAAUAAAUUCAGAGCCUGCGAGUUCCUGAUAAAGUUUCAUGAGCGACGGAACGAUAAAAUCAUCGUGUUUGCUGACAACGUGUUUGCUCUGAAGGAGUACGCCAUCAGACUUGGGAAACCCUAUAUAUAUGGUCCUACUACGCAAGGAGAAAGAAUGCAAAUUCUACAAAACUUCAAGCACAACCCAAAAAUUAACACUAUUUUCAUCUCCAAGGUAGGUGACACGUCCUUUGAUUUGCCAGAAGCCAACGUUCUGAUUCAGAUUUCAUCCCAUGGUGGGUCUCGAAGACAGGAGGCUCAAAGACUGGGACGAGUGCUGAGAGCCAAAAAAGGCAUGGUUGCAGAGGAAUACAACGCCUUUUUUUAUUCCCUCGUAUCCCAAGACACUCAGGAGAUGGCAUACUCAACCAAGCGACAACGGUUUCUUGUAAAUCAAGGUUAUAGCUUCAAGGUAAUAACAAAGCUUGCAGGUAUGGAUGAAGAACAGCUUUCAUUUUCAACCAGAGAAGAACAGCAGCUGCUUCUCAAUAAAGUCCUGCAAGCAUCUGACCUGGAUGCUGAGGAGGAAGUAGUCGCUGGAGAAUAUGGUUCAAAGUCGGUUCAGGUGUCGCGGCGUACGGGCACAAUGAGCUCCCUGUCAGGAGCAGAUGACACGGUUUACAUGGAAUACCACUCUUCCCGGAGCAAGGCGUCUUCAAACAAGCACAUCCAUCCGCUCUUCAAACGCUUCCGGAAAUGACGUCCUUCGUGUUCGCGUGUUGUGAAGACUGCGGAUCCGUGCAUCUGUUUCCAUAACGAAGAACAUGGAGUUGAAAUGCUGACAAGUGUUCGAAAAGACUUUUUUCAUAUGGAUCUACAUAGCCACAUGUUUACGUAGCAACAUACGUGCUGUCAU